GCCAACGGCGGGGAGCACGGCGCGAUGCCUCUUCGGUGCCAGCAGAGCCCGGUGGUGGCAGGCAGCGUCACUUUGGCCGCCUUGGGGGCACUGACCCUGUACCUCGCGAAGCCUUCGGGCUACGGGAAGCACACGGAGAGCCUGGUGCCCGGGGCUGCCCGCCUGCCCGCGCGCGCCGCCUGGUUUUUUCAGGAGCUGCCCUCCUUCGUGGUGCCCGCGGGCAUCCUGGCCCGGCAGCCCCGCGCUCUCUUCGGACCUCCUGGCACUGUGCUUCUGGGCCUCUUCUGCGCGCAUUACUUCCACAGGACGUUUAUUUACUCGCUGCUCACCCGAGGGAGGCCUUUCCCAGCUGCACUGUUUUUCCAAGGCUUUGUCUUCUGCAUCGGAAAUGGGUUCCUCCAGGGCUACUAUCUGAUUUACUGUGCGGACUACCCUGAUGCCUGGUACACGGAUCUAAGGUUUAGCUUGGGUGUCUGCAUAUUUAUUCUGGGAAUGGGCAUCAACAUUCACAGUGACUAUAUAUUGCGCCAGCUCAGGAAGCCUGGAGAAAUCACCUACAGGAUCCCACAAGGUGGCUUGUUCACGUACGUUUCUGGAGCCAACUUCCUGGGUGAGAUCAUUGAAUGGAUCGGCUAUGCCUUGGCUGCCUGGUCCCUCCCAGCAUUUGCAUUCGCAUUUUUCUCACUGUGUUUCCUUGGGCUGCGUGCUUUUCACCACCAUAGGUUCUACCUCAAAAUGUUUGAGGACUACCCCAAAUCUCGGAGAGCCCUUAUCCCAUUCAUCUUUUAAAGAACGCGAAAAAACCAGGAGCCAGGCUCCGACAGCACCAGUGAAAACUGUCAAGCUGCUGAAACUUCACUUUUUUUUUUUUAUUAAACUUUUAUUUAAUGAAUAUAAAUUUCCAAAGUAUAGCUUAUGGGUUACAAUGGCUUCCCCCCUCCCAUAACUUCCCUCCUGCCCGCAACCCUCCCCUUUCCCGCUCCCUUUCCCCUUCCAUUCAUGUUAAGAUUCAUUUUCAAUUCUCUUUAUAUACAGAAGAUCAGUUUAGUAUAUAUUAGGUAAAGAUUUCAACAUUUUUCACUUUUAAGUGCCGCCACCUGCAUACGUAGUGGUCGGUCGCUUGGUGUUCUGCCAGCGGGCCUGGGGAUUGUGAGUGGGGCUGGCCUAGGGUUUCUCCCACCCAUCCAGAGAGUUCUGUACUGGUCUCCCAUUGGAGCUUCAAAUGGACCCUGUCCCCUAGAGACUUCCCCUUCCUUGCUGUUCCUCCCGGAAAGUGCAAGGCUCCCCCUGGUAUUCUGCCAUGGGGAAUGCAGCUACAUGUGCCUGCCGGGGUCUCUGGAGCAGUGGGGGAGGGGGGCGGGCUGGGAGUCAGGAAUGUUCUGGGUGGAGGACACGCUUGCCAAGCUUAGUGAAGGCGUACAUUGUGUGUGCCUCUACACAGUAGCAGAGACGUACAUUCUGAAACCACACCGCCCUCGAACAAACUCACUCCCACAUGGCGACCGAGCCGUCUCUUCCUUUUCCUUCAGUAGGAAGGAGACGAAGCGAUCAGAUAGACUUUAGAUGAAAGGGCCCCCUCCUCAGGUGGCCGAGAACACGCUGAUGCACGGAGUCCGUUUGAGAGCUGUGCAGCCUCUCAGCUGAUGAGUGCCUCUGUGUUUGGAGGAUUUCUCAAUCCCCAUCAGAGAUCAUCACAGCCUGGCCUGGAGAACUGGUGUGCAUUUUCUUGAAGGCCAGGCUUUUAUGACCACAAAGAAAAAGAUGUGACCUUGGAUGGCCAGUGAGGGAGCCGAGAAGUGUUUCACUGUAGACGUUGCAAACCUGGGUGUUCUGGAAGCUGAUGGGAAUAGCCCCAUCAUGGGAACAUGUGGAAUGAGGGAAACCUGUGAGUGAGAGUGGACGGUGUUUGGCUCGAGGAGAUGUCUCCAAGGAUAUGAAAUGCAUCAGAGGCACUGAGAACUUCCCUGUCCUGGCGUUCCUUCGUCAUAGUCCGUGGGACCUGGCCAAGAAGGUGUGUCCCCAGGGACAUGGGCCCACUGACCCUCACAGGCCCCGAGACCAGAAGCUGAGCACUGCAGGUGGAGGGCCACUUCGUGUAGGCAGAAACCUGUCUUGGUGGAGUCAGAUAAGGUUCCACACAUAGCUUGAUUACACAUAUAUAGAUAUAUAUUCAAUGUUUGCAAAAUUUUAAAACUGGGAGGCUGCUGCCUACAACUCUGGUAUUCUGACUUUCUAAAGCAGAUGGAGGAUGUGGGCACCCAGGUGAGCUGGGAAAUGAGCAAGCGUCUGGGUCUGUGACCCCUGGGAAGGGGUCAGCCAGCGUGGCAGCUGUUGUACGGGGCUCUCUGUGGAAGAGGUGGACACUCGUGGUCAGAUAUAUGAAAACAUCUGGUUUCUCAGGCCUGGGCUUACGGCAAGCAUUGACAGUAUUUAGCCAACACCAAUUUUGUUCACUGUGAUGCUAGGUAUAGAAAACCACCACGAGAAGCUUUGGAAACUUGAAAGAGCUGAAGAUGGGGCAGCUUACUGUAAAAUAGGAACUGUAACCGUAUCACGAGUACUUGUGCUGUUGAUGAAAUGCCUCUUGAGUCAUGGAUGUUCAGUGAUUUGGUUUGAAUUAAAAAAUAUGGGACAGCUGGA